AUGGGCUCCACGGAAAACGGCACUACUGACCGCGGCUUUGGGACACUGGCUGUCCACGCCGGCUCCCCUCAUGACCCGGUGACCGGCGCUGUCAUUGCUCCGAUCUCUCUGUCCACCACAUAUGCUCAGACCAGCGUCGGAAGCCCAGUUGGUCUGUACGAGUACACGCGGAGUUCCAACCCUAACCGUGAUAACUUCGAGCAAGCCGUCGCAGCUCUUGAGCAUGCCAAGUACGCUCUGGCCUUCUCCUCCGGCUCCGCCGCUACGGCCAAUAUCCUCCAAUCCCUUGCUGCUGGCUCCCACGUCGUUUCGGUCUCCGAUGUUUACGGCGGUACCCACCGAUACUUCACCAAGGUUGCUUCGGCGCACGGUGUCCACGUCACCUUCACUCCCUCCAUUGAGUUGGAUGUGGAGCAAUUGAUCCGCCCCGAGACCAAGCUCAUCUGGAUUGAGACCCCCUCCAACCCGACUCUUGGCUUGGUGGAUAUCCGGGCUGUUGCCAACAUUGCCCACCAGCACGGCAUUCAAGUCGUCGUUGAUAACACUUUCAUGAGCCCCUACGUCCAGAACCCAUUGGACCACGGUGCCGAUCUUGUUGUUCACUCCGUGACCAAGUACAUUAAUGGCCACUCCGAUGUCCUGAUGGGCGUGGCUGCAUUCAACUCUGAGGCCCUCAAGGAGCGCCUCGGCUUCCUCCAGAACGCCAUCGGUGCCGUCCCCUCCGCAUUCGACUGCUGGCUCGCUCACCGGGGUCUGAAGACCCUGCACCUGCGUGCCCGCGAGGCGACCAAGAACGCCACUGUCAUCGCCAAGGCCCUUGAGUCCUCUCCCCACGUCAUCUCCGUCAACUACCCCGGCAUUGACUCCCACCCCCACCGCGCUAUUGCCCUCAAGCAGCACCGUGACGGCAUGGGUGGUGGUAUGCUCAGCUUCCGUAUUAAGGGUGGUCAGCAGGCUGCUCAUGAUUUCUGCAAGUACACUAAGGUCUUUACCCUCGCCGAGAGUCUGGGAGGUGUUGAGAGUCUGUGUGAAGUGCCGUCCAGCAUGACCCAUGCUGGUAUCCCCAAGGAACAGCGCGAGGCCGCUGGUGUCUUCGACGAUCUUGUGCGCAUGAGCUGUGGCAUUGAGGACUCUGUGGAUCUGCACUCUGAUGUGAUGCAGGCUCUCAGCUUGGCUGCUGUGGCUCAGAAGGCUUAA